AUGAUCACAAGAGCAGACCUCAUCGCGCAGGUUGUCAUAACCCAAUUUGGUAAACUACCGUCAAAGCGAAAGCCAGCCGUCCGCGACAAUGGCCUCCACGACUGGGUUCCCCUGAGCGGCAUCGUCGCGGAAGUGGAUGGAAGGUUCACUUGCUUGGCCCUCGCGACCGGCAUGAAAUGUCUGCCAGCAUGUAAACUUCCCGAAUCGAAUGGAAAUGCACUUCACGACUGGCACGCGGAGAUCCUGGCCAUCAGGACACUGAAUCGAUUUCUGCUGGACGACUGCUCGAGCUUGAUCGAGAACAGGCCCCAUUCUGGUCUUCUUCAGACGGCGCCUCAUGGCGGUACCAGCGACGAGAAACCACGCACGCCGCCGUUCCGAAUCAGAGACAAUGUCAAGAUUCACAUGUACUGCUCGGAGGCUCCCUGCGGCGACGCAAGCAUGGAACUGACCAUGGCCGUCCAACCCGACGCCUCACCAUGGCAGAGACCAGCUUCCGGCAUCAUUCCGCUGCCCGACGGCUCGGAUCCUCUUCCCGGACGCGCCGACUUCUCCCAGCUUGGAAUCGUCCGCCGCAAACCAGCUCGCGGUGACGCCCAGCCGACCCUCUCCAAGUCCUGCUCCGACAAGCUCGCUCUGAAGCAGGCUACCUCGCUCCUCUGCUCCCUCACGGCACUCUACGUCGAGCCGGCCAACGCCUACGUCGAUACACUUGUGCUUCCCGAGUCGCAGUACUCGUCCGUCGCAUGCGCCCGUGCCUUCUCCGAGACCGGCCGCAUGAGCAGCGUGCGCGGCAAAACCUGGCGGGGGGGCUACGUCUUUAGGCCGUUUGCGGUGGAGGCUACGACGGUGGAAUUCGACUUCUCGCGGCGGGCGGUCCUGGCUCGGGCGGCUGAAGGAAUCUCGGCCAGCAACAUUGCCGCGGCCUGGUCCUUGUCCGGUGUCGAAGAGUCCAUCAUCAAUGGUGUACUGCAAGGAAGGAAGAUGUCGGACCAACGAGGGGCUAGUCACAUGUCGAGGCGACAGAUGUGGAGGGCGGCCCGACAUCUCGCUCGGCGGCUCGACGGUCACGACGCCAUGGCGCAUCCCCUAAGCCAGCCGACAUACCGCGACGUCAAGGGCGGGACACUGCUGGCAGAGAGAGAGGCCGUCAAAGCGGCCGUUCGGGUGGCGGCCCUAGUUGGCUGGGUGCCUUGCCGCGAGGAUGCAGACUUCAAUAUCGACGUCGCAUCUUGA